UUUCCUUGCACAGUGUGCAGCAAACAUGUAAACCUUAUGUCGGAGAAAAUUACUGCAGGUGCUGGAAUCUGAAGUGAAAACAAAAAAUACUGGCGGUCACAGCAGUAAGGGAGCGGCGGUAAAAGCAGCUUUCAUAUGCUUGGUUACCAUGGGCAAUGGGCCUUUGCAGAUUACCAGUCCAGCCGCCAACAUCACUGGAGUGCUGAAUUCCCGCUGCACUCUGUUCAGUUCCGAUUCGGAGGAUUAUAAAUGUGUCACUAUCAUUGCUGUGAAGCGAGCCUCUGCUGCCUUCUCGCUACUUGGAUGCUCCUUUAUGCUUCUCGUGAUAUGGUUAUUUCGAAAGUACAACUCUUUAGCCCAGAAGAUGAUCUUGAGCCUUACUAUGGCUGCAUUGUUUGACAGUAUUGCCUAUCUCAUGGGAGAGGUUAUCCCAGAUGGUGUCCUUUGUAAUUUUCAGGCUUGGUGGCUUACGUACUUUGACUGGUGUUCCCUGGCAUGGGUUUGUUGCAUAACCGUCAACCUUUACUUCAACUUGGUGAAAGAAAUCAGAACAGAUCACUUUGCAGUUGCAUAUUAUGUUGCAGCGUGGGGUGUGCCUUUCAUUCUGUCCUGUCUUCCACUCUUUGGUGAUUAUUACGGCCCUGCUGGAGCAUGGUGCUGGAUCACAGAUGAUCAUGUUGCCUGGAGAUUUGGCAUAUGGUAUAUCCCAUUGUUUGUCCUCAUCUUUCUGAUGAUGUCCAGCUACAUUCACAUAUUUUAUGUGGCUAAACAGCGGGUUUUAACUUGGUCUGGCCCAUAUGAUCCUGAAAGAGAAAGAAGCAAGAUUUUAUUGACGCUGGAAAUCAAGCCACUUAAGUGGUACCCAUCCGUAUACCUGGCUGUGUCUCUUUUUCCUCUCAUUAACAGGCUGCACAAUGCAUUUGAUCCCAGUCAUCCUGUUUUUGUCCUGAUGCUCCUCCAUGUUAUUACUGCACCACUCCACGGACUGGCCAAUGCCAUUGUGUUUGGGUUGGACAGGGAAACAUGGGGCCAGCUGAACUUCACAUCUCUACAGCUUGCUUUCCAGUCCCGAUUUUCUGAUACAACAUUGAUCAAGGAGUACCAGCCGGGGCCUGUGCGCUACAUGGCCCAUUUGGAAAGCGAUUCCUCAGACUCAUGUGAUGACGGCACAGGAGCAAUUUAUUCAUCGACCGUGACAUCCAGGGACAGGAGGCCCUGACAACAGCAACACCCCGCAACUGAGCAUGUGCACUGUUGGACUCUGAGACAAAGGAAGAACCCCUCCGUGACACUAGAGCUGAGCUGUCAACCCUCAUUAUUAAUUCUAGGGUCUUAAUAUUUAAUGUCAUAAAACUGGAACAGAAGCUUCAGAUUUGUGGAGGAACCAUCAUGCUAAAGACAAACACAUAGUUAAAGAGGUUGUUCCUUUCAGCUGUCUCUGGUUUAUGUUACACACGAAGGAAAAGGAUAGUCUAAAGCAAUAGAAAAACUAAGAACAUAAUGUUGAGUAAAAGGAAAGCAUUUGAUGAAAUUGAUGUAAUGGUCAUAUAUGAAAAGUUAAGUGCAGUGUUUUAUUUCAAACAAAUAUCUUUACUUUAUUUCUUUAGUGAGGGCAUUGGAUUUUUAUGUUGAUUUUGCUUUAAUUGUAUUUGAAUAUUUUCAGAACAGUGCAUUCUCAAUUUGGCUGACCUGUCUAUUUGAUUCAGGUUGCGUAGUGAAUUAUAAUGAGUGAAACUAUGACUUUGAUCGCUGUACACUAUGCUGUGGGGAAAGCAGACAGUUCAGGAGGGUAGGACAGCUGAAAAGGAGAGGAAAUGCACAGUUGUAGAGCCCUAAGUAGACACAGACAAAAUGAUUGAGAGCCAUAACUACAGGACAACUUUUUGAAAAAUGUUUACAAUUUAAUUUAACGUCAGUUAUUUAAAGUGUCCAAAUUAUUGAAGAUAAUUGUUUUCAAAGAUCAAGCAAACAUUAAAGCCAUCUAACGAUGUCCAAAUCCAUAUGAUUCUUAUUAACUAUUUUUAAUUGUGUUUUGUUAUCAGGUCUUGGCUUAUGGACUGCCUUGUGUAAUUUAUAUUUGCUUAUAGGAUUAUUGUGCCUAUAUGUAGUAAACUAAAGCUUUCCUACAAAAUCUUCCAGAAAUGCUGUUAAUUGAAAUGGAUGAAUCUGCCUUAGAAACAUUUUUUGUUUGAGUUUGUUCAUUUUGUAGAAUGUUGCAGAAAAUAUAAAAUUAAGUGGCUUAACAAGAUGAUGCAUCUUUGUGGCAGUGGUAAGAAGCAUUUAGCUCUCACCAUAAACUACUGUCUUUAAUCCUGACAGUCUUGUUUGGAGCAACUGCAUGGGAGCCUGUGUGCAGAUAACCUUCUUGUUUUCAUGUUUGCAGCUGAUACUUGGUCACUGGCAAAUAUUAGAAAGAGUUUAGCAUCACGCUUUACAAAAUUGAAGCCUUUUCUAACAGAGACAUGAUUUACAUUGUUCUGUGAUCAAUUUUACUGCUACUAAAGUAGUAUUGUUUAGGCACUGCCCUCAAUUUACUCAACCCAUUUGUCCCAAAAUGUAAAAUCUCAUACACUAAACAACUGUUUAGUGAGAUCUGACUAAACCCAAGAAUGGGAAUGAGAAUAAGAAAAGUCCAUUGCAGUAACAAAACGCAACUAUUAAAGCAAAUUGGGAGUCUGAAUUUGUAUACUUGCAUAUUGGGCCAUCCUGUUCCCUAGAAUUUUAUUAUUGCAGCUUUAAACACGGAGUGGAAUUAAAAUUCACUUGGACUACAAAUCAGCAGUGUCAAAUCCGCUACCCAUGAUGAACAUUGACCCAGUUCCUUUUCAUAUUCUUUGGUCUAAAGCAAAAUCAGAAGAGUUAAUCAAGACCACACUGUGGUUCAUUUUAUGCUUCCACCAGAGUCAAAUUUCACCCUAUAGUCAAAUAGAGGAACGAACUGAAACCCACAUCUGAACUUUAAAAUGUGAAUUUGGCAUUCAAGCUGUAUGAGGCCUAAAGUAGAAUAACAGCCUGAUAACUACCAUUAUUACUGACUUGCAAGGCAGUUAAAACAAUUUUAAUUUAUACAGUGUCUUUCACAACCUCAGAAUUGCAAAAACGCUGCUUUUCUCCAAAUGAUUUAAUGUAUUUUUUUAAUGUCCAUGAGAGUGGUUUGACAUUUCUCUUAAAAGACAGUGUCUGAGAUAGCAUAGUCCUCCUCAGUAGUGCAGCAAAGUGUUCACCCAGAUUAUGUACUCAGAUCUUGGGGGUGGGAGUUGAAUUCUCAGCCUUCUAACUGGGAGCUGAGACUGUAACCCCUGGGCCACAGCUGAUAUUGAAAUGCUAUUUCUUAAUCCUCUGCCACAAUGCUGCAUAGAGAGAAUGCUGUCAGGACUAGCCUUCCCAUCAAAAACAGACAUCCUGUUUGGUAGUCAGAGUUGUAUGACAGGAACUCUGAAGAUGUGCUCAGCUCAUUGUAUUAUAACCUAAUGUUUAAAGGAAAAUUAUAUUGGUAAAUUAUGUCCUUUGGUGGUCUAAAAAAGAAUAAACUAGUGUGAAUUUCAUUUUUAAUCAAGAAAGCAUAAAGUAUAAUUCUUUUUUUUACUU